AGCGCCACGGCCAUCAGUUAGCUAGCAACGCUUCGAGACAUUGAUCCCCCAGCACAAGCUCAUGGCAGCCAUGCAAGUACCACGAUCAAUGCGGAUCCUUCUCCUCCUCCUCCUCUCACCGCUCCUCCGCCUCGCUUGCGCCAGCCCUCCGCCGGAGCCGGUGGCCUGCACGCGCGGCACGUCCGACUGCACGGUCACCAACGUGUACGGCUCCUUCCCGGACCGCACCAUCUGCCGCGCGGCCAACGUCACGUUCCCGCGCACAGAGCAGGAGCUCGUCGCGGCCGUGGCGGCGGCGGCCGCGGCCAAGCGCAAGGUCAAGGUCGCCACCCGCCACUCCCACAGCUUCCCCAAGCUGGCCUGCCCCGGCGGCCGCGACGGCACGAUCAUCAGCACCGAAAAGCUGAACCGGGCCGUGAGCAUCGACACCCAGAGGAGGCUCCUGACGGUGGAGAGCGGCAUGUUGCUCAGGGACCUGAUCCGGGUCGCCGGCGACGCGGGGCUGUCGCUGCCGCACUCGCCGUACUGGUACGGCAUCACCAUCGGCGGCCUCUUGGCGACCGGCGCGCACGGGAGCUCGCUGUGGGGCAAGGGCAGCGCCGUGCACGAGUACGUCGUCGGGCUGAGGAUCGUGACACCGGCGCCGGCCAGCCAGGGGUUCGCCGUGGUCAGGGAGCUCGGCGCCGACCACCCGGACCUUGACGCGGCCAAGGUCUCCCUCGGCGUCCUCGGCGUCAUCUCUCAGGUCACUCUGGCGUUGCAGCCGCUGUUCAAGCGGUCGGUGAAGUUCGUGACGCGCGACGACUCGGACAUGGCGGAGAAGCUGGCCGUGUGGGGCGGCCUCCACGAGUUCGGCGACGUGGCGUGGCUGCCGCGGCAGGGCAAGGCCAUCUACCGCGAGGACGACCGCGUGGACGUCUCGUCGCCGGGCAACGGCCUCAACAACUACAUCGGCUUCCGGUCGCAGCCGACGCUGGGGCUCAUCACCGCCAGAAUCGCAGAGGAGCGGCUAGAGGAGAACGGCACCGACAUCGCGCGGUGCCUGGCAGCGCGGCUGCCGGCGGCGACGUUCGAGCUGCAGGCGUACGGCUUCACCAACGACGGCGUCUUCUUCACGGGGUACCCGGUGGUGGGGUUCCAGCACCGCAUCCAGGCGUCCGGCUCGUGCAUCAACAGCCCGGAAGACGGGCUGCUCUCCUCCUGCACAUGGGACCCGCGCAUCCGGGGCCCUUUCUUCUACAACUCCGGCUUCAGCAUCGCGCUCUCCAAGGUGCCGGCGUUCGUCGCCGACAUGCAGAGGCUGCGCGACCUCAAGCCGCGCGCGUUCUGCGCGAUGGACGCCAAGAUGGGCGUGCUCAUGCGUUACGUCAAGGCCUCCUCCGCGUAUCUCGGCAAGGCGGAGGACUCACUCGACUUCGACGUCACCUACUACCGGAGUUACACCGAGGGCGCGCCGCGCGCGCACGCCGACGUGUUCGACGAGCUCGAGCAGAUGGCGUUGCGCAAGUACGGCGCCGUCCCGCACUGGGGCAAGAACCGCAACUUCGCCUUCGACGGCGCCAUCGCCAAGUACCCCAAGGCCGGCGAGUUCCUCAAGGUGAAGGACAGGUACGACCCGGAUGGGAUCUUCUCCAGCGAGUGGAGCGACCAAGUGCUCGGCAUCAGGGGCAGCCCCAACAUCGUGGAGAAGGGCUGCGCCAUCGAAGGGCUCUGCGUCUGCUCCGACGACUCGCACUGCGCGCCGGAGCAGGGCUACUUCUGCCAGCCGGGGAAGGUGUACACGGAGGCCAGGGUCUGUGCGUUCGACGGCUCCCGCCUCGCCGACGAAAUGUGAAACCAAUCCAAGUUGGGUGCACUGUAGAAAUUGAUCUCUGCACUUUGGCCCUGUUUGGAAUAGCGCCAUGAAUGUUGAACGUUGGUGGCGUGUUGGUUUGAUGUGAACUGAUAGCGAUGCAGACUCGGAUACGAUAUGUGUGUAUUGUAUUGUGUUUGGUUGAUAUAUCGAUCGUUGGUUUGAAAGCAAUUGAACGGCAUUGGUUUGUCAAA